GGGUGCGGCUGGCGAUGUGGCGUUCCCGCGGGCUCGAGCACGUGACUUGGCAGAGUGACUUCUUGCGGGGUCCGUUUGGGACGCCGACAAACUCGCCCAAGGGGAACGGCUCUCCUUUGAGUUUAAAUCCAGGAACAUCCAACAGAAGUCCACAGAUGUCAUCUGAGAAGAAAAGGAACCCUGGGAGACCAGAUUUACCUACUGCCACACUCUUUAUCAAAUUAACAAAGGGUCACCCACAGAAGCAGAAAGCCCUAAGGAGAUGGACAACCGCAGUUAGAAAUCGACUCCGGGUCCGCUGCACUAUUACAGGCGGGAAAAAGCGAAAGCGCUGCACCAGGUGUUGGCGUCAGAAAUACCCCUUUGGGUCCGCCACCCUCCGGUCCCUGGGGGAGUCUAGGUCUCUGAGGCACGGUCUACUGAGUCAGCCCAGCAACCAGGUCCUCUCCCGCCCCUCUGCCUCUAAAACCCUCUAGAGGUUGCAGUUUCAGCUUCACUUAGAGACGGCAACUCUUGAGUUCAGGUUGGCUGGGGAAACUGAGGCAAAACCGGGAAGGGGUCUAAAGUUGGCCACAGACAUCCCCCCCCCCACCCCGGAAUUGCGAUAGCCCCUUCCGAAAGCCCAAAGCAGUGCGCACGUAUCCAAGAAACCCGUGGGGGUGGAGGUGGUGGUGGUGGCGGCCCUUGCCUGUGGCUCUCGUUCUGCGUGCGCUAGACCUCGCAGCCAUGGAGGGACCCGAGGAGCUUCUGAGUGGGAAGCUCCAACUCUGCUUUACCCCCGCUGCCGGGACCAGCCUCCUGAUGUUCAGGCUCAACGACGCGGUCCUGCGGGCGCUGCAAGAGUGUCGGCGGCAACAGGUUCGGCCAGUGAUCGCUUUCCAAGGCAACCGAGGGUAUCUGAGGUUCCCAGGCCCUGGCUGGUCCUGCCUCUUCUCCUUCUUAGUGUCCCAGUGUGGCCAGGAGGGCCCUGGAGGUGGCUUGGACCUUGUGUGCCAACGCUUAGGCAGAUCUGGGCCUAACCAGCUCCACUGCCUGGGCCCACUCAGGGAUCGCCUCACUAUUUGGGCAGCCAUGGAUUCCAUCCCAGCCCCAUCUAUAGUUCAGAGACAUAAUCUGAUGGACCGCAUCAGAGAUCCUGAGAGUUGGCAGAACACAGGAGACUAUUCUGAACAAGACACAGUUUCACAGCCACAGAUGGCGCUAAAAGAGGUGCCAGAUCCACUGGCUAGCAGCCAAGGACAGUCACUCCCAGGAUCCUCAAAGGAACACAUGGCACAGUGGGAAGUGAGAAACCAGACCUAUCUUCCAAACAGAGAACCUGAUCAGGCACUGACUUCUGCUAGCCAGAAACAUUUGGACAAGAAGCGUCCGGCACCUACAACCACUCUAGGACUAGAAGAGAAGAGACUCAGAACUCUGCCUUUAGCUCCAAGUCCCCUACAAGGGCUGCCCAGUCAGAACCUGCAAGACGGAGAGGACUGGGAACAAGAGGAUAAGGAUGAAGACAUGGGCCCCAGGUUGGAACACAGUCCCUCAGUUCAAGCUGAUUCUGAAUCCCCAAGCCCUGAAGAGGUACCAGAUUACGUCCUGCAAUACAGGGCCAUCCACAGUGCAGAGCAGCAACAUGCUUAUGAGCAGGACUUUGAGACAGAUUAUACUGAAUACCGCAUCCUACAUGCUCGUGUUGGGGCUGCAAGCCAAAGAUUCAUAGAGCUGGGAGCGGAGAUCAAGAGAGUUCAGCGAGGAUCUCCAGAACACAAGGUACUGGAAGAAAAAAUAGUCCAGGAAUAUAGAAAGUUCAGGAAGCGGUACCCAGGUUAUAGGGAAGAAAAGCGUCGCUGUGAGUACCUGCAUCAGAAAUUGUCCCACAUUAAAGGUCUCAUCCUGGAGUUUGAGGAAAAGAACAGGGAAAGCUGAAGCUGCCAGAGGGCUCUUUACCUUCUCUCUGCUCAGUGUGAUAUGAAGGAACAAAGCAGCUAUGAACUACAUAGAGUGCAACUGUCUGCUCUUAUUGCUGAGUCCGUCGUGGCAACCACGAGUUAAACUUCUAAAUUCUUUUAAGGUCUGACUUUUAUUGUUGCCAUAUUUUACUUUUUAGGGUUUGGGCACAGUGCCAAGAAUCCACAGCUGUGCCCAGGAGACUAGGAAGAGUAGUAGAGGCUUAGCUUCUUCAUCUUUAGUUCAGCCAAGUCAUUUUCAAAUCCCGAGAUUUCAGCAUUUCACCAUUUCCAGGACAAGAUACCUUGAGAACAUUAGAAUUUAGCCUGGUUGCCUCCCUAAAGAAAUAGUAAUGAGAACUUCUGGUAACAGAGCUAAAGUAACUUGUAAUACACCUAGAUAUAAUGGGAAAGGGAUUGGUUGUUCCCCCUAUUCUGGAAGUGAAUUAUUUUACAAACAUGGCUGAAAAAUGAAAACUG